GUUGCAUUCUCUUUGGUUUCGGUUUGGUGGCUUCGACGCUGCAUUUCUUUUUCGGCCUCAAAAAAAAAAAAGUAAUUUGAAAUAAAAUUGGGGUUUCAACUAAAUUAUAGAAAAUUCCAACCUGAAAAUGGCAAAAGGAUCAAAAAUCAAUGUAAAAGACAAAGUAGACGAUAAUGUUUGCGAUUUGAGCUUGUGCGAACUGAAGGAAGUUCCGGUCAAAGAAAUUGCAUCAUUUAAACGUGUAAAUGUCUUGGAUUUGUCGAGCAAUCUUUUAAUGUCCCUAGGGAAAAAUUUUAUCAUCCUCACUCGAUUGGUUAAAUUGGACUUGAGUAAAAAUCAAAUAAAAUUUUUACCCGAUGAUUUUGGUCUGUUGCGGAAUUUACGUCACUUGGAUUUAUAUGACAAUCAACUGGAACACUUACCUCUGAGUUUUGGCGAUCUCACAAAUUUGCGUUAUUUAGAUUUGAAAGGAAAUCCAUUGACACCGGCUUUGGCUAAAAUUGUUGGCAUAAAUAUGACAAUGAAAGACUGUCAGGAUUCGGCAAAAAGAACGGUGAAAUUUAUGUCUGAUAUGCAAAUUGAAGCCAUCAAGGCUAAAGAACAAUAUCGGCUGGAAAUUCUACAAAAACAAAUGGCCAAUGGCAAGGAAAUGGAUGAAGACAACACAACGUCGUCUAACAACGGCGAGCAACAAUCAAAAACAAAAAAGAAUAAAAAGACAAAAUCAAAAAAGAAAAAUGCUAAUGGCUCGGAAGCAUCAAAUAAGAGUGGAGCUGCUACAACUUCUUUAAUGGCAUCUAAUGACAAUAUUACCAUAGCAAAGGCAAACAAAUCGAAAAAGUCUGCAAAUGGUGUUAUAAAAGGUUCAUCAUCAAACUCUUCAAGUACUGCUUUGACAUCCUUGAUGAUUUUCCUCCUGAUGGUUGCUUUCAAUGUUGUACUCAUCUAUAUGAUUAUGUUUAAAAAUCCUGAAAUUGCCGAGAAGCUGGUUGAAUCAAUACCGCAUCAAUAUCGUGAUUGGAUUUUAACAAAAACGGAAAUAUUUCGUCUGCGUGUUACCGAUUGGAUUACUCAAUUUCGUACACCACCCGAAGAACACUGACGGUUUAUCUAUUUGAAGCCAUAAGAGGUUUGGUUUAUUUGUUCUCUAUACAAAUCUCUGGUAAUUUUUAAUCGAUUAAAGUUUAUCUGUGAUAAACUAAUCGAUAAGAGAUGGCUUCAAAUAGAAUAUAAUAUAGUUCAUUUUUGGCUCUAAUAUUUUCGAACACCCCCUUUUGUAUAACAUAGUAGACUAACCAAAGAAAAUUUUGUAAACUUUCACAAAGUAAAAGUAAUUUUUUAUAUAGAAAUUUAUAAAAGAAAUCGUAUUAAAUUUUAAAAGAAACGAAGAGGAAUAUAAGAAAACAUAACUGCCAUUAUUUGUAGCAAACAUUUUUCACUUUGUAACUAUAUCAUGUUAAUUUUUUCUUUAUUUUGUUUUUUGCAUUGUACGUUAAACGUCCAUUCUUAACUGCUUUUAUUCCAAUAAUUAAACUAAUAACAUGAAUUAUCAACAAAAGUUAACAUCAAAGUUAUUUGACCUUACCAUAAGCGAAUGUAACAAAAGAAAACACCGAAACUAUAAAAACAAUUAUUAUUAUUGAUUUUCUAUUUUCAUUCCACACCAGCCAAUCAGCAUUUGAAAGCACCAGUUUAUUGGAAGUUAUUUUUAGAAAUUAAAUAAAUCUGACGGCCAUUUGGAAAAUAUGAUCCUAUCCAUCUCACGGAAUUAGUGUCAUAUUUAACCUAAUAGGUUAGGAUUACAAUCUCAAACUUACUGGCCGCAUGAAUCCUUAGACAUCUAUGCGAGGUGUCGAGAGCGAACUUCAUGCAAAUUCUUACUCAAAACUGGCAAUUUUUUAAUUUUCUAAUUUAUGUUGUAUUUACUAGUGUUUUCAGAUGUUUCCUAUAACAAAACAUAUUACAUAUUUAUACAUGUUUUUACACAGAAUCACCACAAGCAAUAACAAUAGUUCCAUACACCACAACUACUGCAAAUCGUAAUCAAUCAGAAAACCACCAUUUUAUAAAUGUUUAAUAACUGCUUAAAUAUCUCAUAUACACAUUGUGCAUGUUAGCAAUGGAAACGGUUGUACUUUAAGCAUAACAGAAUUCCAGAGCGCUAACUUGCACACAACUAAUAACUACAUACACUUUUUUGAAGCUAUCUCAAGUACAAUAGUUUUUAAAAAAAAAUAUACAAAAACAAAUAUAUAUGUAAAAAAUAAAAACAAACAAGUCAAAGUUAAAAAUUCUUUUAUUUUGUAAUAUUUAUAAAUAUUCUAUGUUUUUUACAAAUCAUUGUCACAUUUCCGAAAGUAUUGAUUUUAAAGAUGAUUUCUUUUGUUAUUGGUUAUGUUUACAUUUUGUAACUUUUGUUGAAAUAAUAAUAAUAACAACAUUUAUGUAACAACAACAUUCAUUUUAUCGAUAAAAGAUCUUACCUUAAUACUUAUGAUCAUUAUAUACGAAAUACAAACAUUUGAUACCUUAUAAGUAACACAAUCACCGACCAUUUUCUCUAUAAUAAUAUUUAUAAGUUUCAAGUUUUACUUAAUUAAAAUAUAUAUUAAACAUGCAAUUAUAUUUGUUUAUAACUUAUUAAAUAAUACAAGUUUAUUGUCACCUUUUGGAUACCAUGGUUUUUGUCCGUUGUAGAUAUUAGUUUUUCUUUCGAUUUUUUUGUCUUGCUUAAAGAACCUUAAAAGCAUUUAUUGAAGACAAUUACAAAUGAUAUGGUUAGCGAGAAAGGUAGAGAUCGUGCAUAAAACAUAAAUUAUAUUAAAACUGCAUAUAUCAAAAGAUAUGGGUAAAAUAUGGAAAUGUUUAUUACCGGAAAGAAAAUGAAUGUUUUUAUACUUAAAAAGGAAUGUAUUAGUGCAGUACUUGGAUAAUGUCCUUGAUAAAUGCGAUUUGAAUCUACAUUGUAAUUGUGUUCUACUCUCUCCAUAUACUUAUUUAUUUUAAUAUUUAAUAAAAAAAAUUACGUUCGAAAUUAAA